AUGCAUGAUGCUCAGGACGUCAAAGAAUUCCGAUGGAACUCCGCUUGCCUAAAAAAUCUCGUCGAAAACCUACAAUCAUGGACGCGAAAAGCGACGCCAAAUGUGAAAUCUCUGCAAACCAUCGACGCCGGCAAUAUAAGCUAUCCGGCCAGAGCAAAUGAGCCGUUUGAUAAGUUCAUGAAAAAAACGGGAGAAGUGCGCAAGAAAAAAUCAAUUGAUUUAUCCGAAAUUUGGCUAGAGUAUUGGCAAAAAAUUGCAGAUAAUUUAAAUGUAUCAUAUGUAAAUACUAAUACCAACAAAUUCGAGUUCCGACAUGUUAAUAUUAUACCUCACGUUGUGCCAAUACUGGCUAUAGUUCAUACAUUACCUCACGACGUCGUCAUUAUAUAUUGCCGCUGGCCAAAUCCUCAAGAAGACGUCCCACUCAGAACAGUCCUGCUUCAUUCAUACUCUAAUAUUCCGAAAGGGAACCUUCAAAUUCUUCAUUUUCUCUCUCAAAGUCUCACCGAGCUUCAGAAUCAGUUGUUCAAUCGCGGAAUCAUUCCAAUAUUCCGUGUUGAGCAUUUCACCUGCUCUCCGACGUUAUGGCUACAAUACGAUAUUUUCGCUCCUUUGGCUUCAGCUUCUUCUCUAGAAAAGUUACCAAAACCAAAAGUCAGCUUACAAUUCGCCACAUCUCAAUGGGUCUCGAGGCGAUGGGAUAAUUAUGCCUAUUUGACCUACCUCAACGAAUUGUCGGGACGUGUUCGCGGCGAGGUGCACAAUCAUCCAAUUUUUCCAUGGGUUUGCGAUUUUUCGUCAAAACACUCAAUCUUUCGACCAUUGAAUCGCACAAAAUAUCGAUUAGCCAAAGGUGAUGACCAAUUAAGAGAAAUGGAAUCGAGAACGCCUUCUCAUCACGUGCCGGAACUUCUUUCCGAUAUCGGCUAUAUGGUCUAUCGGGCUCGCAUCGAGUCGAAAGAAAAUCUAUGCAAGCAUGUACGCAGAAAAUGGGUUCCCGAAGAAUAUCCAUCGACGAUGAGUCGAAUAUACGAAUGGACGCCCGAUGAAUGUAUUCCCGAGUUUUACGACGAUCCGAACGUCUUCAGGUCUCGCCACGCCGACAUGUCAGAUCUGAAAGUUCCGGAAUUUUGCGAAAGUCCGGAAGACUUCAUCCAAUGGCAUCGCGGAAUGCUUGAAAAUGAAGAAGUGUCGGCAAAUUUGCAUCGAUGGAUCGAUUUAGUCUUCGGAUAUUUGCUAUCGCCUGAAAACAGCAAAAAUGCGCUCAACAGUCAUCUUUGUUUCGCUGAAAGGCAAAAAAAAGGCGUUCGGACCAAUGGAAUGGUGAAGCUUUUCGAGGUGGCUCAUCCGAAAAGAAUGCCAGCAAAUUAUAAUCCUCGAGAUGAUUGCUAUCGAUUGGAAUUGGAGCUCUAUUGUAUGCCAACGGAGCCACUAGAAUCGACGAAUGCUGAAAAUUCUGACGACGACGAUGAUGAAAGUAUAGCAAAAGUGUUGCGCAAUUUGAAGAAACGCCAUAGAGCCGAAAACCGGCAAUUCUUCGAUUCGAUGGUGUCGGUGAUUUCAACGAUCGCCCAGAUCACCGUGGCGCCGGUGCUUCAUGGCGAAUUCGACGACACGCAUCGCAUCAAUGAGCGCAUUCGACAAUUCGCGCACAUAAUUCCGAUAAACUAUCAGCGAUUGUUCGAUUAUUUGCUGGACACGUCGCAAGAAUACCCGGAUCCCGAUGAGUUUUCAUUUUUUGUGCGAACACUACUCAACAUUCCGCCACAAAUAUCCGAUUUUCACGACGAAUUCGCCAACUGCAUGGCCUUCCAAUUCCUUCGCGAAUCGUGUGUGGUCCCUGAGAAUUCGCAUCGAUCGCAACUCAUUCUUCUCAAAGAGGUCGAAAGUCUCAAAAAUGCGAUUCUCAUUUGUCAUCACAUGGAAAUUUGCGUGGUCGCCGCAUUCCAAAAAAUGCUCGAAAGCGAGGAAUCGAGCAUUCAAGCCGUCCAUCGUCUCAUGCCGGCGAUUGCGCGUUGCCUCAGCGAAUCGUCGUUGGAGAACCUCAUCGUUUCGCUAAUCGAGCUCAUCCAAUGCGAGACUUCGGUCAAACUUCUCGAUCGACGAUUCCUGUUGUAUGUUUCAAUUUGCUACGGCGCGCACAAAUUUCUCGAUCUUUUCCUUCCGCCAAUCGUUGAAGCGUGCGCAUCGAAGAAUGAUGAUCGAUCGAUUGUGGCCAAGGAGAGCAUUAUGUGGCUUGCCAAACGUUAUGGUCCCGUGAUAUGUGCGCGAUUCAUCUCGCCCAACUUGCUCCGAAUCAUGGGAACCUGUUUUGAAGGUCUCGAAUUGUCUGGACAAUGCCAAGAGCCAUCAUCUGUCUUCAAUUUAUAUCUCGCUGGUGACGACAACUGCGCUCGAAUUGAAACAUUACUCUCUGAAAUUGUCAUUACUUACAGUGUCACAUUUAUUACGGUGCAAUUCCUCCCAUUUUGCGUUGAUUUAAUCGAGCAAUACCAAAAACGAGCCAACUCGCAACUCGAAGGCAGUCUUGUGUCGGUAUUUCGAAUUGUCGAGCUCUCAAUUCGAUCAAUGACUGAUCAUCAGCUCAUGAAUUAUCUUGAGGAAUAUAUCAUUCAAAAGAUUAUUGGAAAAGUUCUCGAGAUGCUCUUAAACGAUCAAAUUCAAUUCUCGUCGCCGCGCGCAAGAAAUAUCAUUCUUUCCAAAGCGAUUCAGUUGCUCUUCUCGACGGCUCAGCGAAUUGGAACUGAGAACACGAGAAUUUAUGCGAGGCAUCCAUUCGAAUUGCUGUUUCGCACAUUUUCCGAGAUCUACGAGACCACCGAGGAGUUGAGAAUCCAUCUGAAAUGUGGAGAAUUGAAGAAUAACACCUAUCCUGUGCCGAUAUGGAUCGCCGAAGACGUCGUCGAGCGAUUCGCCAAAGAAUGGGGAGUCCCGUUUCUGUCAUCGUUCUGCAAUGAUCCGUCAUUCUUGAUUCCGUUCGUUUCGAACGGAGCGAAUCCGAUUGCCGUUGGAUCGACGCCGACGCACAUCUCGCCGACGACGACGACGCUGGCGACAUUCUCGCUCGGCAACAUUUCGACGGGAAAUCGCAUUUUCUCAAUAUCGUCGUCGAGUCCCGCGAAUUCGUUGGGCAAUAUUGGCGGUUUGAGCUCUUGCGAGGCUGGAGCUCUCAGCGCUGUUUGGUGUGCUCGCGUGUCCGCAGCCGUUUGUAAUGCAAAGACCCUGCGUUUCGAUCAUCUCUCAUUGUGCAGUUUCACCGGGCAUUCGGAGCGAAUCCGAAAACUCGCCGCCAUCUCCAACGAGAACUCGUUUGUGUCGGCGUCGUCGGACAAAACGGUGAAAUUGUGGUCGGUGAAGCCCGAGCGUGAUGAGAUCGAAUGCCAAUGGACGUAUCGGAAUCACACGCGAUCGGUGAACGAUGUGGCGAUAUUGGCGGACAACACGAUCGCGUCGGUUGACGGCACACUGCACGUGUGGGAUCCCUUUCGAUCAACGAUCCUAUCGCAACUUGAAUGGGAUCAAGAGGGCGGCUACAUUUGUCGAAUCGAGAAUGUCGAUAGGCAUACGCUUGCGGUGGUGUCGGGCCUUCAUUCAUCCGUCAAAUUAUUCGAUACACGAGUGGGAUCUUGGACCAGCGAGCUGAAAUUAUCGCCGACGCCGGGGCUUACGCGAACGUUGGCGGUGCGCGACAAUGGCCAGAAAAUGGCGGUGGCGAUGACGAAUGGGACAUUGGCAAUUCUUGACGCGAGGACCGGACGAAUCAACACAUUGUCGCAUGGAAACUCGACGCAUGUCUACGCUAUGAAUUGGAUUGGCGAUUCUCAAUUGCUGGUCUGCGGCCUUGACGAGCCUGGAGUGGUGAUGGAUGUUCGUCCAAGAUUCCAUCAGAGGAAGAAGUUGGCGGAUUCGGUGAUCGGCGCGUCAUUCAGUAUGGGAAUGUUGGCGACAGUGCAGAAUAACUCGAUGCUCAGGGUCUACAAGGAGAACACCGAAUUGCUGAUCGAGACGCGAUUGCGCAGCGAUGAGCUACCGGGAACGCCGAGCGCCGUUCUCCGAUUGCCGCUCAACUCGUGCUUCCUGAUCGGCUCGAAUCAGGGAUCGAUUCGAUUGAUGUGCUAA